GGGCCCCCACUGUCAGUGACCCCAGGAGAACCCACCACUGUGGGACACCCCCCCCCCGUGUUGGCUACACCCCUGUAUCCCAUGCCCCGGGGCCAUGCCACUGCAAGACCUGGGUCUGCAGAAGACCGUGGCACUGGCCUGGGCCAAGUCUGAACAACAGCUCAGCACUCAGAGCAUUCCACAGGAGCAGUGGGGGACAAGGUCACCCUGGUCCUCCUACCUGUCCUGGCUGCCUGUGGACUGCAAGGUUAGAAGAUGCCUCCUCUCCAGCCCAGAACGCCUGACCCAAAGAGGUCAGCAGCCCACAGGCAGUUUCUAGUUUCAGCCUGGCCUAGACGGAGUCCCCAAAGGCAGACCCCAGGCUUCUGACCCCCAGGAUGGAACUGAAGGUUCCCCCUCCCCAUCAGCCCCCAUCACAGGACCAAGUUGUCCAGCUUCCCUUUCAGUACCCCAGUCAGGACUCCCAAGGGAAGAGCUGGGCAUUCCUCUCCCUUGGUUCCCCAGACUUGUGUCCCUAGGAAUGGGUACUAGCCUCUUCCCCAUCACUCCCCAAACCAAAUGAGGACAGUUUUUUUUCCAUUCCCUCUCCGCCAGCCCUAUAUCUGCUACAACUGCUUAGAACUCCAGCUGAAGUCCUAACCAGGGAAAGUAAGGGGAGAUGUGAAAGUAGAGGAGUAGCUGCGCAGGUGUACUCAGCUGACCGCUGGGCGAAAGGUGUGCGCUCCCAGGAGAGAGGCCCGAGAGGUGCCCGCGGGCCGCCGUCGCGUGCUAGGCAACUUGGCGCGCGCAGCCGGCGUGGAGCGGCCGUGGGGCGUGCCGAGGGUCAUCCAGCCCGGAGCGCAGGCCACCGGACGUGGCGGAGAGCAAACGUGGGAAUCCCCGGGACGGACCUUUCCGCAGCCGAACAGGAGCAUCAGGUCCAUGCUGCUGCUGGCGUGGGCACCCAAGCCUUGGCACAGGCUAGCACAUCUCAAGCCAUCAGCCCUCCGAUGGACCCCAGGAGGCAGGGCCCUCCACGUGAGCUACGGGCUCCUGUCCAUGCAGGGCCCUGAAGGGACAGGCAGGCCGAGCAGGCCCCAGGGCCCUGGGCUUCGGACCAGGCUGUUGGUCACCGCCCUGUUUGGGGCUGGGCUGGGCGGGGCCUGGCUGGCUGCAAGGAAGGAGAAGGAGCAGAGGCAGCAGCAACGAAGGACAGAGGCCCUGCGCCAGGCGGCGGUGGGCCAGGGGGACUUCAGUCUGCUGGACCACCGCGGACACACACGCUGCAAGGCCGACUUCCGGGGCCAGUGGGUGCUCCUGUACUUUGGGUUCACUCACUGCCCCGACAUCUGCCCCGAUGAGCUGGAGAAGCUGGUGCAGGUGGUCCGAGACCUGGAGGCCGAGCCUGGCCUGCCCCCAGUGCAGCCGGUCUUCAUCACUGUGGACCCCGAGCGGGACACCGUCGCAGCCAUGGCCCGCUACGUCCAGGACUUCCACCCGCGGCUGCUGGGCCUGACCGGGUCUGCUGAGCAAGUAGCCCAGGUGAGCCGCAGCUACCGCGUGUACUACCGUGCCGGCCCCAAGGACGAGGACCAGGACUAUAUCGUGGACCACUCCAUUGCCAUCUACCUGCUCAGCCCUGAUGGCCUCUUCACCGACUACUACGGCCGCGCCGCGUCUGCACAGCAGAUCGCCGACAGCGUGCGGCGCCACAUGGCUGCCUUCCGCAGCAUCCUGCACUGAGCCACUCAUUAAAGGGGGUGUGACGGAG